AUGGCCAAGGCAAAGAAGGCCAAGGGCGGGGACUCAAAAGAAGCCAAGAAGGCUAGAACGGCCGAGAAGAAGCAAAAGCAGGCGGCGAAGGCCGAUAAAAAGGCCAAGACGAAGGCAGCAAAGAUAGACGGCGACGACGCUGAGGAUGUAGAUCUCGACGAGAUCUUGGAGGAGUAUAAGCGGCAGCAGGAGCAGUUCCUCAAGAUCACCGAGUCGGUCCAAGAGGGACCUCCGAAGCCCCGCGCCCACAGCACGCUCCUCGCUUCACCCUGCGAUUCGAACAACCUUCUCCUCUUUGGCGGCGAAUACUUUAACGGCACGAGAGCCGAGUUCUUCAACGACCUGCAUAUCUACAAUAUAGCGAAAGACGAGUGGCGUUGUGUUACAUCGCCGAAUGCGCCCCUACCACGAUCCGGUCAUGCGUGGUGCCGUGCAGGGAACCCCAACCACGUCUACCUAUUCGGUGGGGAGUUCUCCUCGCCGAAACAGGGCACCUUCCACCACUACUCCGACUUUUGGCGCCUGGAGCCUGCGACGCGGGAAUGGACCCGCAUCGAGGUCAAGGGAAGCUCGCCGCCAGCAAGGAGCGGCCACCGGAUGACAUACUGGAAGCAGUACAUCAUCCUCUUUGGCGGCUUCCAGGAUACUUCGAACCAGACGAAGUACCUCGCCGAUCUCUGGAUCUUCGACACGCAGCAUUUUGUCUGGUAUGCCCCUGUCUUGCCGCCCGCGCAACUGAAGCCUGAUGCUCGGUCGUCUUUCACGCUCCUACCUCAUGAUCAGGGCGCAGUGUUGUACGGCGGAUACUCGAGAGUCAAGACUACCGUUGCGGCGAAUAAGCAAGCAAAGGGUUCUGCUAAAGGACAGAGGAAUAUUGUGAAGCCUAUGGUGCACCAGGAUUGCUUCUUCUUGCGAAUGUCUCCCCCGCCGGAGAACAGCCCCGCCAAAACCCCCCCUGUCGUUCGGUGGGAGAGGCGCAAGCGGCCUGCUAAUGCGCCUAAUCCAGUGAGAGCCGGAGCCACCAUGGCCUUCCACAAGGGUCGUGGAAUCAUGUUUGGCGGCGUGCACGAUGUCGAGAUGAGCGAAGAGGAUAUCGACAGCGAGUUCUUCAACGCCCUGUACGCCUGGAACAUUGAGCGUAACCGGUUCUUCCCCUUGACGCUUCGUAAGCCACGAGCACAGAAGAAGGCGACCGUCUCUGAGCAGCGCGUUGGUCGCAGGGGCCGAGCGCAGGCAAAUGAGGAAGAGCUCCUGAGGCAGCUGGCGGCACUGGAGACGGGCAAGUCCCUAGAGGAUCUGGACUCUAUGGAGCUUGAUAUGAAGCCGGAAGCGAAGGUUGACGACGACGCACCUGUGAAGGAGAUGCCCGUGUUGAUGGAACCGCCUCAUCCUCGGUUCAAUGCGCAGCUUGCGGUGCAGGAAGACGUUCUUUAUAUCUACGGCGGAACUUUUGAGAAGGGAGACCGCGAGUUUACCUUUGAUGAUCUCUAUACGAUUGACUUGGUAAAAUUGUCUGGCUGCAAACAAAUCUUCGCGAUUGAGCAUGAAGACUGGGUUGAAUCCGAGGACGAAGAAGAGGACGAAGAUGAGGAUGAUGAUGAGGAGGAUGAGGAAGAUGAAGAGGGAGACGUGGAGAUGGGCGAUGAGCCAGCCACUCCUCUCUUUACGCCUAGCAAACGCAAGAAGAAGCAGCAAGAGUCGGAGAGUGGCUCAACUGCAGACACCCAAUCUGUUGCUGGCACGGAAUCUACAGACUGGGACGAGGCCGAAACUAACACCACAGUCGAUGACGGUCUGCCACAUCCUCGACCUUUCGAAUCGCGCCGCGAAUUCUUCGCCCGAACGACUAACGAAUGGCAAGAAGUCCUCAUCGGAAGCCUUAGAGCAAAGGGCCAGCAGCCAGAAACACUCUCGGUCAAGGAACUCAAGACUAAGGCCUUUGAGCUCAGCGAAGAGAAGUGGUGGGACUGCCGCGAGGAGAUUACGGCAUUGGAGGAGGAGCAGGAAGCUGCUGGUAUUACUGAGGUGGCUCCGCUUGGUGACGACAUUCUCGAGGAUGACGAGCAGCACCUGAUGCCUGCACUAGUCUAG